GCCCCGCCCCCUGUGCCGGGCCGGGCCGGGCCGGGCCGGGCCGCGGGGCCAUAAAGCGGCGGCGGGACCCGCUCCCGGUCCCGCUUCGCUCCCGGCUCCGCCCCGCCAUGGCCGUGGCCCGGCGCAGGCUGUCCGUGGGGCUGGGGCUGGCCGGGGUGGCCUGCGCGCUCCUGGGGGGCUCCAUGCUGCUCCUGGGGCCCGUCAUCAUCCGGCAGCAGGUCAUCAAGAACGUCAGGAUCGACCCCAGCAGCAUCUCCUUCCAAAUGUGGAAAGACAUCCCUGUUCCUUUCUACUUGACAGUGCAUUUCUUCGAAGUGCUGAACCCCCAGCAGGUCCUCCAGGGAGCAAAGCCGGUGCUGACCCAGCGUGGACCCUACGUGUACAGGGAGUACAGGAGUAAAACAAAUAUCACAUUCAAUGACAACGAUACCGUCUCCUACCUGGAGUACCGAAACCUUUUCUUCCAGCCACACUUGUCCAAUGGCACGGAAGACGAGUACAUUAUUGUACCAAACAUUUUGAUGAUGGGAGCAGCUGUGAUGAUGGAAAAACUGCCAAUUUUUUUUAAGAUUGUACUGAGUGGAGUCCUGGCUAGCCUGAAACAGGAGGCGUUCAUGAACCGGACGGUGGGGGAGAUCAUGUGGGGGUAUAACGAUCCCCUCGUAAACAUGAUAAAUAAGAUUCUUCCUGGCCUGAUGCCUUUCAAGGAGAAGUUUGGACUAUUCAUAGAUUUCAACAACUCCAAUUCAGGACUGUUCACAGUAAACACAGGCAUGAAGAACAUCAGUCAAGUUCACAUGGUGGAUUCGUGGAAUGGGCUAAAGAAGGUGAACUACUGGCGCAGCAGCCAGUGCAACAUGAUCAAUGGGACAGCGGGGGAGAUGUGGCCACCGUUCAUGUCCCCCACCUCCCUGGAGUUCUACAGCCCUGAUGCCUGCAGAUCCAUGACACUGGUGUACGAGCAGUCUGGGGAGUUCAAGGGUGUGCCCACCUAUCGCUUUGUGGCGCCGAAAACCCUCUUUGCCAACGGCACAGACUAUCCACCCAACGAGGGCUUCUGCCCCUGCAUGCAGUCUGGCAUCCAGAACGUCAGCUCCUGUAGGCUCAAUGCACCGAUGUUCAUUUCCCACCCUCACUUCUACAACGCUGACCCAUCCCUGGUGAGCGCAGUGGAAGGCCUGCACCCCAGCAAGGAGCAGCACGGGCUUUUCCUCGAUGUGCACCCCAUGACAGGCAUCCCCAUGAAUUGCUCCAUCAAGCUCCAGCUGAACCUGUACAUAAAGGCGGUGUCUAAUAUAAUUCAAACAGGGAAGAUUAAGCCAGUGGUCCUGCCGCUGCUGUGGUUUGCAGAGAGCGGAUCCAUCGAAGGCUCUGUCCUGAAGCAGUUUUACACCAACCUGGUGCUGCUCCCAUCGGUGCUGGACUACCUGCAGUACAUCUUCCUUGGGCUGAGUGUCCCACUCAUUACUGCAGCAGCUGUGCUCAUGGCAAUGAGUAAGGAGCACAAAAUCAAAAUCACUGAGUCGUUGAGGUUGAAGGGACCUCUGGAGCUCAUCUAUCCCAAUCCCUCUGCUCAGGCAGAGUCACCUAGCUCAGCACCAUGUCCAGAUGUCUCUUAAUGUCUUCAGGAAUGGAGAUUCCCCAGGGCAACCUGUUCCCGUUUUUACAGUUUUCACAGGAAAAAAAAAAAAGAAAAAGAAAAAAAAAAAAAGUACUUGUUAAUGUCCAGGUGGAAUCCCCUGUGUUCAAGUGUCCCUUUGCUCUUGUCCUGUCCCUGGACACCACCAAGAAGAGCCUGGCUCUGUAGUUACACCCUUCCUUCAGAGGCUUGUUUUCAGUGGUAAGAUCCCCCUGAGCCUUCUCUUCCCGAGGCUGAACUGUCCCAGUUCUCUCAGCCUCUGCUCACAUAAGAGACACUCCAGUUCCAAAAUCACUUUGGUGGUUCUUUGCUGGACUCCUCCCAGUAGCUGCAUCUCUCUUGUCCUGGGAGGCGCAGAACUGAGCGCAGCACUCCGUGUAUGGCCUCUCCAGUGCUGAGCAGAGGGGAAGGAUCACUCCAGGACCUGUUGGCAACACUCCCAGUGCAGCCCAGGAAUCAGCUGGCUGCCUCUGCUACCCGGCCAUGCUGCUGGCUCACCUGCAGCUCGGUGUCCCCAAGCCCCUGGAGUCCCUUUCUGCCAAUCUGCUGCAGAGCUGGGUGACCUUUAGUGUGUACUGGUGUGUGGGGUUGUUCAUCCUGAGUGAAAGACCUUGCACAUCCUCUUGUUGAACCUCAUGAGGUCCUUCCAGUCCCUUUCUCAGCCUGCUGAGGUCCCUCUGCUGUACCAGCCACUCCCCAGUUCUUGCAGCUCAUUAAUAAAGAUGUUUAACAGGCCUGGACCCAUAUUGACCCCUGGUGUACACUGAUGGUUACUGGCCUCCAGCCCAACUCUGGGCCUGGCUGUUCAGCCAGUUUUCAGUCCCCCUCACUGCCUGCUCAUCCAGUCCCUACUUCAUCAGCUUCCCUAUAAGGUUUUCAUGGGAGAUGGCAUCAAAAGCCUGGAGUCCAGGUGGACAACAUGCACUGUUCUCCCCUGAUCUACCAACCACUCAUUUCAUCAUCGAUGAUCAAGCACAGUUUCCCCUUGAUGAAGCCCAAUGUCUGCACUUGAUGAUUUAAUUGUUCUUCAUGUGCCUGGAAGUGGUUCCUAGAAUUAGCUGCUGCAUCACUUUCUCCAGGAUGAAGGGAGACUGACUGGUCUGUAGCUCCUGAGGUCUUCCUCCUUGAUCUUUUUUCAAGAUUGAAGUAACAUUUGCUUUCCUUCAGUCUUUGGGCCAGGACUGGUCAAAGACAACAGGGAAUGGCCUUGCUGUGACAU